AACAUCGAAAAAUCACAUUUUAAAAAAAUAUGUGUAUAUAUUUCACCCGCUGUAGAUGAUCUGAAAGAAAGACGGACUACGAGUGCCAAUAGAAGUCUUCCAGAUAUUCCAAAAGAUAAGAGCAGAGAACAUGAAGAUAUGAUAGAUUCUGUGCCUCAAGAUAUUUAUGAGACUACUGAAAUUAUGGGAGAUCAUUCAGAAUUGUAUGCUACAGUCCAAGAUGCAGCUCAAGAACAGGUGUGUGACAGGGAAACACAGGAUACUAUUUUGCAAGGGUGUUCUUUGCUACAAGAUACAUCUCAUCAAUAUACAAGAUUUGCAUCUCCUGUCUCUGACAAUGUUGAACAUCCUUAUGCACAACUUCAAAAUAUUCAAACGACUGAGGCUAGUCAAAUAAAUAGAAAUGAUGUUAAUCAAGUUACAAAUAUUGAAAAGCCUUCAACAUCUAUGGAUCAAUCAAAUGGAAAUCCAAUCGCACCACCGAGAACUCGACGAUCCUCCUCGCACAAUUCGCUUCUUAAUUCCGAGACGCAUUACGAUAUCCAGGCCGCUAACGCUAUUUCUGGUGGUGUUCAAGCUAAUCAAGACUUGCCCUAUAUGACACCGCCUCUCUUGAUGUUACUGCCAUAUCCACCGCAUUCCCAACAAAACAGUCCGCAACAGCAUUUUAGUGGAGAUUCGCAAGAUUCGAAAGGAUAUACAAGUAUAAGCGUAAGAGAACCAUUAGCCAAUAUAAUAGCACAAACCAAAGCAACUUACAGACAAAAUCAAUCUAAUAGACCAAUCAUCGAUCCUCAUUAUGCUACUGUUUCUGAUGAUUCUGAUGAAAUGUACGCUGCGAUUGAUGAGCAGGAUAAGGUAUAUACCAGUGGAAGCGAAACGUAUGCACAAAUUCAACCAAUGGCAUCAGAAGUUCAAAGACAAACGCAACAUGAGCAAAUAGUAUUUUGUCAGCUUUUGCAUGCAGAGGAAACACAUUCUGUACCUCAACCACCGAGUGUCGAUAGUUUACGUCAUGUAGCACAUGCUCAUUCCAGGCAAGCAUCAUCGUCAAGUGCCAAUAGCUCCAUUAUCAAUCUCGGAUCUCCUAAACCUGAAAAACGUCAAGCAAAUUCUCCUUUACCACCGCCGCCUGAAACAACUGCAGAGGGAUAUGCAUCUAUUGAUAAAAAAAAUAAAAGUGAUGAUAGAUCGAGAUCUUCACUGUCGGCGGGUAAAUCGCUUGAGGAUAUGUACGCGAAGGUGAUGAAGAAGAAAAGGGAAAUAGAGGAUCAGCAGAACGAUGCUCAUCUAAGCUCUAACAACACUCUACAUUCCGAAACAAAUACUUAUAGAAAACUUAGUCUUAUAGAAAUCAGCCGAGCGUCAUGGUGCAGCCACGAAUCUGUGGAAAUACAGAAGAAGGAACCCGAUCUCGUACAUUAUUCUACCACUAUCAAUUCUGUUGCAAGCAACUUUCAUGCAGAAGGUAACAGUCGCACUUCUUUAAGAUUGCCAAAAAUUGAUGCGAUUGUUCCGUCGCGUUUAGAAUUUGAUCACGAAUACGAAGCCGUUAGCAAUAAUCAAAGAAACUCUUUUGCGAGAGUAAUCGCAAAUUUAUCCAAUCCGAACUAUGAGAUGUUACGUCCGCAGUGUUCGCGGGAGAAUGACUAUCAACCUAAUUCGAUACCUGUGAAAAAUAACACGGACGUAUAUUCAACACUAUUUAAGCAUAGACAAGUGAGUAACGCUAACAACGACGAUCCCGGUUAUGAGAAGGUGCGAUUGCGACAGCAAGUUGAAUUGGAUCAGGACACGGAUUCGGAGCCAAAUUAUGAAAGCAUGCCGCAUGAUACGAUCGAGCCGAAUUAUGCAUCCGUUUGUCGUUCUGGUGACAGUGAUACGGACCCAAAUUACGAAUCUGUGAAUCACACCGAUCCAAAUUAUGAAAGUGUAAAAUACAUGAGUGUCGCGCAGAAUGAGGAACCGCCAUAUGAGCAAGUGAAUAAUUUCUUGUUAGAUGCAAAUGCAGAUGGUUACGAGAAGGUAAAGAGUAAGAAGAAAACGAAUAUUGAUUACGAAAAAAUAAAACUACAUAAUUCCUUGGAACGAAUUAGCAACGGAGGGGAUACCGAUGAUGAGCAAUACGUUCAAGUAUAAGGCUUUUAUUCUGUAUUACGAGAUAUGCAUAUAAUAAUCGAACUGCUUAGUGUUUUUUUGCCGUAAUCUCAAGUUUAUUUAAAAUUGAGGGAACAAAUUCUAUCAUAUACCUUGCAAUGAGUGAUUUAUAAAUAACGUCAAAUGGCAUUGAUAUAAUAAUGAGAAUAAGACUGAUGAAGACAGAUAGUAAAAAUAAGCUUAUGAAUGAAGAGCCCUGUAUUACUUUAUAAAUUAUUUUAAGGUAUUACAUACUUUUGUUGCACGCAAAAAUGGCCUGUUUUCAGGAAUUUUUUUCUCAGUAAAUUACAUAGUAAUUAA